UUAAUAUGUAACUAUCCUUUUGUGGAUGCCUUUAUUUUUAAGAGAGGAACCACUGAACUGAGGGUCAUUUGGGAAGCUUGUGGACUGGCAGCAAUGUAUUCCCCGGCACUGUCUGUGUGCCUGCUUGCUCUGACCCACUGUGCUCUUGCAGGAAGAGUCUGUCCCAGGCCACCAGAAGUGCUGUUUGCGACAAUUGAUGUCAACAAAAGUGUGUACGAGGUGGGGGAGGAAAUUGAGUACACCUGCAGGCCUGGCUUUGUCCCCAACAGCGGCCAGAGGAAGUACACCUGCCUCCCGACUGGCAGGUGGCCUCUCAACACUCUGCUCUGCCUACCGAAAAGAUGUCCCAAUCCUGGGCCCUUGCAGCAUGGAAAAAUUGAUUUUACAGACCUCAAGUAUCAGAGUUCUAUAAGUUUUUCAUGUGAACCAGGUUACACUCUUGUUGGGACAAGGACAAGCCAAUGCAUGGCAGAUGGAAAGUGGAGUGGAAGUCUGCCACAGUGUCAACCUGUGACUUGUGCACCUCCCUCGCUUUCUGAAUUUGGAGUCCUUUCAUACCAUCGUCUGAAACCCGGAAAUGUUUUUACUUUCCUGGACACAAUUACUUUUGAAUGUCUACCACCUCUUGCACUUAUUGGAAAUGAAACAGCUACCUGCAUGGACAAUGGAGACUGGAGUGACAUUCCAGAAUGCAGGUCUGUCACAUGUCCCACUCCAACAGGAAUAGAAAAUGGAUUCAUAAAUUUUGCUGUUCGUAGAAUAUAUCAUUACAAUGAAAGUGUCAGCUUUGGCUGCCAACCCAGCUACGUGCUGGAUGGACCUAAGGAAUCCCGAUGUGAAAAGACAGGAAACUGGUCCAUAAAGCCAACUUGCAAAGGACCAUGUAAGAUACCAGCUAAGAAAGCCGUAGUAUUAUACAAUGGUGAGAAGAAAACAGUUCAGAAAGACCUUAAGGAAGGAAUACAGCAUGGCGAAACUAUUUCCUUCUACUGCAAGAAUAAAGAAAAAUCCUGUGCCUACACCGUACCUGUUCAGUGUGUGGAUGGCAAUCUUACUCUCCCUUCAUGUUUCAAAGAACGUGGAUUCUUUUCAUCUCUUGUGAAGAAGGACCCAUCAGACAUGACACCAUGUGAAGAUCAAACAUGAAUUACAAAAGCAAUACAGUACUAAAUGUUUGCCUUACUGAGACAAACAUUACAUAUGAAAAACUUCUAUAGUCCUGUGACUGUAAAUUUCCAGCAAAUUCAGGAAUCUCUGAGGACACAGUCUCAACUGAUUUCCCUGCCACCACUCUUACCAGUCUCUUUCACAAGCUACGACAAAUUACUUCAGCUACUAACUUUCCUCUCAUUCUCUUUUCU